AAGAUUGAUCCCAUUUUGAAAACCCAACACUAGACGCCAUGUCCCAGAAGCCUCUCUACCCACAGGACUGGGAGUCCCUCAUCGAAGAUUUCCAACACGGCGGUUCACGCCGCCGCAAAUGGAGCUCGACCCCCUCACUCCUCGACCUCGCUCUCUACUCAAUCCUCAAAAGGGAUUUCCCUCUCAAAAUCCAACUCAUUAUCUUCCUCGAAGAAUUCUCAGACAAUUUCCCAGAUUUCGAUCAACACUUCUUAGAACGACUCAUCGACACCCUCAAAAUCAUAGUCCAAUCCCCAACUGAUAAUCUUCACAUUACUCUGUCUCUCAAAGACCAAAUGUUAGUUUCCACCACUUCCAUUUUCAUCUCCACCAUCCACCAAUUUAACAUCGUCAUCAUCGAGAGCUUGGUCGAGUUCCUGUUGAUUCUCAUCAACCGUCCCAACCAUGGACCCGACCGCCAGACACGUGGCGUGGCUUGUGAGUGCUUGAGAGAACUCGAGCGAUCUCACCCUUGUUUACUCUCCGAAAUCGCUGGUCAUCUCUGGAGUUUGUGUCAAAACGAGCGAACCCAUGUAACUCAAAGCUACAUGCUUUUGUUCACUUGGGUCAUUCAUAAUAUUGUUGUUCACAAUGUGAAUGUUUCCAUUCUUAACACCUCUGUUCCUUUGGUUCCUUUCAAUGUUCCGCAAUCGUUGUUGUUGUCAUCCGAUGGUUGUUCUUCGAAUUCGAAUUCGAAUGGGACUAGUAACUAUAAUUACAAGGAGCUGAGGCGGGCCAUGGCGUUCUUGCUUGAAUCGCCGCAGGUUUUGACGGCUUGCGGAAUGGUGGAGUUCAUGGCUAUGAUAAUUCCCAUUGCGGUCGCGUUAGAGUUACAGGCGUCGAUGCUGAAGGUACAGUUCUUUGGGAUGGUUUAUUCCUAUGAUCCAAUGUUGUGUCAUGUUGUUUUGAAGUUGUAUUUGAGUUUCUUUGAUGCGUUUGAUGGGCAAGAAGGCGAGAUUGCUCGUCGUCUUAUGUUGAUAUCUAAAGAAGCACAGAGUUUUUUGGUGUUUCGGUUGCUUGCUCUUCAUUGGUUUUUGGGUCUUAACCAAUUGGUUUUGAGUAGCAAAGGUGAUAAGAAAAAGAAGCCAAUAAUGGCUUUUGAUUUGAUGGGUUUGAGCUUUUAUCCCAAUGUGUUUGAUCCGCUUGCUCUCAAGGCCUUGAAGCUUGACCUGCUCGCGCUAUGUAUGGAGAGCUUGAAAUCCAAGAGUGAUUCAGAGAUGGGCGACUCUGUGGAGAAGAUUUUUGCAGAUGGUAUUGUGUCUGUAUCGGCUUACAAGUGGUUACCUCCACGGAGCACUGAAACCAAAGUGGCCUUCCGUGCCUUCCAUAAGUUCUUGAUAGGUGGUUCGUCUCAUUUUGACACUGAUCCUUCUACCACUACAGCUAUCAUGGAGUCCACCAUCUUCCAUUCUUUACAGGGGAUGCUAUUGGACAUGAUGUUAGAGUGUCAAAAGUUGGUUCCGGUGAUUGUUGCUUUUGUUGACCGCUUGUUGGGCUGUCGAAAGCACUGUUGGUUGGGAGAGCGCCUGCUUCAGACAUUUGAUGAGAAUUUGCUUCCAAAAGUUGUAAUGGAUUAUAAAUUGGCAUCUUUCUUUCCUUUAUUUGAUAGAAUCGCUGAAAAUGAUACAAUACCUCCAAGCAGAUUGUUAGAGCUGCUGAUCAAAUUCAUGGUUUUCCUUGUUGAGAAACAUGGCCCAGAUACAGGACUAAAAUCAUGGUCUAAGGGAAGUAAGGUUCUUGGUGUCUGUCGAACCAUGCUGAUGCACCACCAUAGCUCUAGAUUGUUCCUUAGACUAUCUCGCCUCCUCGCAUUUACUUGCCUUUAUUUUCCUGAUUUGGAGGUACGUGACAAUGCAAGCAUGAGAUUUUGCAGGAUCUAUCUGCGGAUGCUGAUCUGUGUACCAGGAAAGAAGCUUAGAGACAUGCUAAACCUUGGGGAUCAGCUCCUUGGCAUUUCACCAUCUCCACUUUCCAACUCAAUUUUUAACAUCCAGUCUCCUCGAACCUCUCACAAUAUCAAGAAAUCUAGGAACAUCUCAUCCUAUGUUCACCUUGAUCGAGUGGUACCCUUGCUUGUCAAACAAUCUUGGUCAUUGUCUUUAUCAACUUUGGGUGUUGACAGUAACAAACCUGGUUACCUAGAGGGCAUCAGAGACAGUGAAUCCCCAGUUGAGGAAAGAGAGAUUGAUGGAAGUGCUGAAAUCCACAUCCCAGAGACUGAAAGAAUUAAUAAGCCACAGGAGCCAUUGCGAGUGAUGGAUUCGAAGAUUUCAGAGAUCUUAGGAACAUUAAGAAGGUAUUUCUCAAGCAUACCUGAUUAUAGACAUAUGCCAGGGAUUAAGGUUAGAAUAUCCUGUACUUUGAGAUUCGAAUCUGAGCCUUUUAAUCGUGAAUGGGGAGUAGACUCCCCUGCUAGUGGAUUGGAUAGAGUAGAUGCCCUUCCUGCUAUAUAUGCAACUGUGCUUAAUUUUUCAUCCUCUGCACCAUAUGGAUCUCUUCCAUCAUAUCACAUACCUUUUCUCCUUGGUGAACCUCCCAGAAAUGACUAUGAUUCUCAUCAACAAGUGCCUUUAGAUAUUGUUUUAGUAGAAAAUGGUAAUGGUGAAGAGGAAAGUUUUAGAGCUCCUGUAAUGAUUGAAUUAGAACCACGGGAACCAACACCCGGUCUGAUUGAUGUUUCUAUUGUAACAAAUGCGGAAAAUGGUCACAUUAUUCGUGCUCGGCUUCAUAGUAUUCCAAUAGGCAUAGAAGACAUGUUUCUCAUGGCUACUGUCCCAUCUGACAUCCCGAAAGAGGUUAUACCUGGUUAUUACUCAGACUUGUUCAGUACUCUUUGGGAGGCAUGUGGUAGUUCAUCCAACACUGGGCGGGAGACCUUUCCACUGAAAGGAGGCAAAGGAGUUGCAGCUAUUAGUGGGACCCAAUCAGUCAAGCUACUUGAAGUCCCUGCAACCUCUUUGAUUCGGGCUACAGAGCGCUACUUGGCUCCCUUUGUUGUAAGCGUGAUUGGUGAACCACUUGUCAACCUUGUGAAGGAUGGGGGAAUCAUUAGAGAUAUCAUCUGGAAGGAUGUGGCUUCAGAUUCUUCCCUUGUUGAUACCACCUCAGUAGCUAGUUUUGAUAGAGGCCCACUUCAUCUUACAUACUUUGAUGAUGAAGAUGAGAGGGACAGUGUUGUCAGUACCAGCAAAAGAAAGAUGGGUUGCUUUCUUAUUUUGAUAUUUCUUCCACCAAGGUUCCAUCUUCUUUUCCAAAUGGAAGUAUGUGAUGUUUCAACUUUAGUUCGAAUUCGAACUGAUCAUUGGCCCUGCUUAGCUUAUAUUGAUGAUUAUUUGGAAGCUUUAUUUUUGGCGUAGGGGCAACUUUUUUCCAUAAUGAAUUGAGUACUGCUUCAGUCAUCUGUUCAUGUCUAUGAUGCUGUAAGAUCAUCAGCGAUUUGUUCUAAAUUAUAUUUGUUUCAUUCAUAGGAGGGGUUUGUUUUUGGCACCCAGGUAACUUAUGUAAAUACCCAUAUAAGCUAGUUCCUUCGUAUUGAAUUCUUUAUCUUCUUUAUAAAGUAAAAUAAAAUAAAAUCAGAAAAUCUAAUUAUGCA